AUGAAUACAUAUUGUAAAUGUGUGGAAUAUUUACGGAAUGGUUUUACGAAGUGUUUAUGUGCUAUGAUUACAUGUGAUCUAAAAUCAGAUGCAUUUAAUAACUCACAAUUUCUCAAUGAAUUCGAUAUUCCAGGCAGUCAAAGUUUCAAUGAACGUUGGCAUAAGAAACUACAAGUAGACGAAUUGAAACAAAAUGCAUCAGAAUCAGAGAAGCAAUUAGUAUUCCUCAUACAUUUGAUUAUUUUAUAUAAUUUGUAUGAUAUAUGGCAGAGCAUUGUUAAGAUUGCUGAAACAAUUAUAACUUCCAAAGAAUCCACUAUAUAUAAUCCUGUACUUUUACAAUGGAUAUUAACUACACGUCCUAAACUUGUCGAAGCCAUCUUAAGUUAUCCAGCAAUCCAACUAUCAUACAAUUAUCAAUGUAGUCGAUGUUUAUAUAAAGCAAUACUUGAUAUUUUAUUAUCUGUUGAUGAAGUUCAAUUAAAUAAUUUGUUUAGAGAGUUUCCAAAUCAAUACGGUUGUAUUGAUUAUUUACUUUUGGAGUCUGUACAUAAUCUAAGUGAUCGGAUCACAAUGUGUAUACAGAAAAUUGAUGUUUAUCGUUUACACCUGAGAAAUAUCACCAGAUUAAAGCUUCCUAACGAUCAAGAUGUAGAAAUUAUCAAUAGUCCAUUGAAAACUUCUGGUCAUCUAGAUUUGGCUGACUCAAAUACUUUAAAUUUACGUCACACUUUAUCUCGUUGGCGUGCAAUUCUCAUGAAGAAGCUUAUCAGUGGUCAUAAUUUUGAGCGACGUUUAACUUACUACUCGGAGAAACUACACUGUUUAUUGCUCAGUUUGAAAUCUGCUAAGGAGAUGGAAACGUAUGAUUACGUAGAGAUUGAGAAACGUCUAUCUCAUUCACAAGUAAUAAUGGAUCAAGUUAACAAGUUGUUACAUGAUCUUCAAACUAUUCCAUUUCAAACAUCUAUCAAUCAUUCAAUAAAUUUUAUCAAUCUUAUCAAUCAACUUUUAGUAUUACGGCAACAAAAUAUUGUUCAACAUAUUUUAAAUAAUCGUUUAAAAUAUUAUUUAUCAGAAUUACAGAAUUAUUCAACAAUUUAUCAACGUCUUUUACAUUUAUUUCAACUUGGUAAAGAAGAUUGUAAACAAAUUAUGAAAGAGUUAAUUUGUGUGUUAAAUUUCAAAGGAUUGCCAAAUUCAUUCAAUUAUCAUAUUGAUAUGAAUAAUAAAUUCAUAGAUUAUCAACAUUUAGAAGAACCACUUUUUAGAAGGAAUGUAAAAUCUCCAGGACUAGGUGGAUUAGAACAGUUAUUCUGUAAACUUUCUAUGGUUGAUAAAUAUUGUACUGAAGCGCAAAGAUACCUUGGUCAAUCGUGUUCAUUGUUCCCUUUAAAUUCGACAUCCCCCAAUGAUUAUGAACAAAUGAAUGAUUUUGGUGGAUCAGAAAGUUAUCUUAACAGAUUAACUCAUGAACUUGUUAUGAGUAUAUUAUCACCUUCGGUAGUAAAAAGAAAAAUUCAAUGUUUAACUGAAAAAUCGGAAAAGUUAAGAAAUAUCUUGUCUGCAUUUGAGGAUAAUGCAAAUGAAAUGAAUGCCUUUCGAGAUCAGUUAUGUUUAGCGAUACCACAAUUAACUGGUUAUCAUUUAUCUAAUUUAAUAAAAGCUGUAGAUCAAUUAGAAAUAUCAGCUAAUAAGAACUUAAAUGAAUCAUGUCUAACAGAUCCUGUUGAAAAAAGGCAUCCAGAGUUAGGCAUAUAUUUAAAGCAUGCUGGUCAACGAUUAAUGGAAUUGGAAACCUGUUUGGAACAUAGUCGUGAAGCUGCUAGUAUUCUCAUAUAUUUUGAAUGUGAAUCUCAGUUCUUCUGGUCAACAAAAUUGCCUUCAUUACCAAGUAAAACCAGUGAAGUGUCACUGGAACGUGGUCUUCUUUUCCAGUCUCAUUUUAAAACUUCUCCUGUAGCUGCUAAACUUCAUACAGCAUGGAUGAAAUUAACACAACUAGGUGACCGCCUUGGCCGAAUACAAGCUGGGUUACCUGUUCGCCCAACUGAAGCAAAUGGAGUAGAGCGUUGCGAAACGUAUUAUUCUCCAUCAUUACUGAGAUGUCUUCAAGCCUCCGUACCAAAUAACCACUGUGAGAUACCCUUAUCAUCCCCACAAAUGCAUCAUCGUUUCUCCACAGUUCUUCAGAGUCACUUAUCUUCAACACAAACUCAACCAAACAUGUCAGAUGAACAGCGAACAAAAUUAAUGAAGAUUGAUAGGAAAAGGAUUAAUUGCUGGAAAAAUGACGAUUUGAACGUAUUUACUACGGAAUUUCCGUACGUUAGUGCUGAUAAGUUACGUCGUAAACAAACUAAUCUGCGAGAUGCACUUGGAUCACACAUGUGUGUUCAUCCUGAUUGUAAAACUUCAAGCGGGAAAUGCAUGUCAAUUCAUACCGUUCAUAAUGAGAAUCAAUUAAAUAUUGAGAAUAAAAUUGAAUGGAUAUUUAAAAAGUUGGUAAACCUACACACUUAUCUACAAAAUGAUUACAAUGAAUCAUUUAAUUGUGAAGAAUUACAACGACAAACAAUUUCAAUUUCAAUGUCGGAAUUAUGUGACCUGGUUAGAUAUGCACGUCGGUUACGAUGGCAUAAGUCUCAUAGUUUGCAGUCAGAGUAUCAAGAACUAAAAAGUCUUAUUGAUGAGUUAGCGAAUUCCGAGCAUCCAAAAGUUGCCAUCCUUCAAGAAUAUUUUCAAUCCUUAGAAGAUUUAUGGUUUGGUAUGCAGAAAUCUCAAGUCAAGUUAAGUGAUUGUACAAAUGAAGCUUCAUCGUAUUCAAGAUUAUCUAUUCCACGAAAUGUACCGGGACAACACUCAGUUAAAUCUGACAAUACAGAAUUACAGGGUAAUAAUAUUGAUUCUAAACAGUAUACCCCUGGUGACACUUCCUCUCAUUAUCAACCUUUCUCUGUACACUCUACAACUUCAACAACUAUUUCAUACAAUCCUAUUUCUAUGUCGCAGGAUUAUACAACACAUUUUAUUCAAGGAGUAAACGACAAACCUUCAAAUAAUGAUCUGCAAUUAGUCAAAAAACAAAUCGACAGUUCUUAUGCAGAUGAACACUGUGACUGGACGUGGCGUGAAAUGACAACUCAUAGAUUAGGCCCACAACCACUUGUGUUUCCCUCUUCUGCAAAUGCAAAUCAUAUCUUUCAAACUGUAAACUUAAAAAAAGCAUAUGAUCCUACUACUUCAGUUGAUUUGCAAUUAAAAAAUGAAACUACUAAAUAUUCCGAUGCUAUUAUCGACAAAAUGAUUAGUGAAUUAUCCUCAACUACUUCAUCGUUUCAAAAGAUUUCUUCGGAUAUGAAUGGAACUAAUUCGGGAACUAUAUUUGUUGAAAAAGAGAGUACUUUGGCUGUAGACAACAAAACCCUUUCGAGUAUACAUAACCAUGGAAUAAAAGUUUUACCAAACAAUAAUUUGGAGAGUGAUAAUCGGUUACUAAAAGUUAUUUCCCCUAGCGUCAAUCACAGAAAUUCAGUUUUACGGUUUAAUAAAGUGUGUAUUGAAGUCCCGUUAUUGCCAAACGAUGUUAAAAAGAAUUUUAAAGUCAAAUCACAGUCUGCUGAAAUCAAUUCUCAUAGUGGACUUACGAAUUCUAUGACUGAUAUUGUCCAAACAAACUCGUGUAUGUCUGCUUUAACCUUGAGUUCACAGCAUGAGCAUUGUAUAGAUGCUUUUCAUAAACCUGAUGGAGUAGUGACUUCAAAUAGUCGAAUAUCGCAUUCUACUAUUGAUCAUAUUAAAUUCAAACCAGUGAAUAUAUGUUUUGAUGACAAAGCAUCAAUAGAACUACUCCCUAACAAGCUACUUAGUAGUCAAAUUCAUGUGAAUACUAACACAUUAGAUUCAUUAGGUGAAAGCAUUGCAAAUGAACAAAAGAAAGGCAUAAUCAAUAAAUUCUCACCUAAUACAACGUUGGAUGUAAGUGAAAAACAUGAAUUUAUCGGAAAUAAUUAUAUUCUUUCAGAUAGACAAUUACAAAUUUCUUCACCAAAUAUAACUCCAACUACAAUAUAUAACAUCAAUAGACAGUCAGACUUUCAUGAUGUUAGUACUAAUGACUCAGUUUUUCCAACUUCAAUCAUGACGCCAACAGCUACAACAAUUAAAAUCAAUUUGACUGAGCAUACAUUGAAGUUUGGUCAAAAGGAAAAUAGGCCGGAAACAAAAGAAAGUUGUUUAACAACUUCAUUACAUAGAAUAGAUCAAUCAUGCGAAUCUUGUUCUCCUAUAAUACAAGCAUCAUCUGUACCACUUUGUCUUCAUUCUUCUUCUACUAAGAGAGAUCUCAAUGCCAGAAAAAUAUUUAAUGAAAUUUACCAAUGUCAUCAUCUUGAUUCAUCUUUCAUUUUUCAUGAGGGUAACAAUGUUAAUGCUAAUCACAACAAUAUCAACUCAAUGUGUGGUCUAUGUAAUCACAUGAGUAACUUACAUACACUUAUUUCUAAUUUACAGUCACAUUUAUUAUCGAAUCGACAAAAUCGAUUAUCCAAUUUAUUGCCUAUUGACGUAGAAUCAUUCACAUUGACAUCAUCGUCAAUUUCAUCAUUAUCUUCCUACUGGUCACCAAUAAUUAAAGAAUAUUUAUCGAUUCUAUGUGAAAUUAAAUCGGAACUUAAUUCAUUCCAGUCAUUACAUUCUGUUACUGAAUAUAGAAUUAUUCAUUUACCAGAAUAUAAAUCAAUGAUUGAUUUACUCAAUAUAUGGGAUUGUAGAUUACAUGAUUUUCUAUGUCUACGUUCGUCGGACUCCUCUAAACCCGGUGUUGAUAUACCUCAAACACGUUGGCUUACACUAUUUAUUACUAUUAUACAACAUAAUGAAAUUCAAGUGGAGUAUUUAAAAACAGUUUUUACAAGUUUAUUACAUGGUAUUGAAAAUGAGGACUAUGAAUCAGUGAAAUGUAAUAUAAAUACGGACGACACUAGUGAUAGGAGUUCUUGUUUGUCACAAAUAAUCCGAUAUGAAGACAAUUCACACUGCAGUCGAAGGGAUCCAACUGAAAGGUUUGCUAAAUCAUCUAAAACUGAAUAUUUGAAUGACCUUAAAAGUAGAUUAUUCUCUCAUGAUUUUGAUGACCAACAAACUAUAUCGUUAUCACUAGAACAACCAGCAUCAGUACAACCAUUGGUUACUUUUUCAAGAGAAAAGACGAGUCAUUCAUUUCAGACUAAAAUGACAAAAGUAGACAAUGAACAUAAACCUUUCACUGUCUUUAAUACAAUUAGCAUCCAUAGACAGACACAUGAGGAUAAAGAACAAACAUCUCGACAAUCAAACAGUUUUGAUAAAAUGUCGUUUGAACAAUAUUUACAUAGUCUAUCUCAGAAUAAUUCUUGUAAAAUAGUCAAUGGUAUAGAUUCAGUUGAUAAAACAUUUACACAGAAAGCUAUUCAAGAAACUAAAAAUUCUGAGUUUAAAAAAGGUACUACUAGAGCCAAUCAGAUUACAAUAGGAAAAAGUAAAAUGAAGAAAACUAGGAAACGUAAGUUCAAGAAUGAAGAGUUUUCAGAGAAGAAGUAUAAUAGUGGUGAUAUAAAUCUUAAAGAUACUUGUGAUAAUAUUGUAAAUAAUCAACCCUGUGAUAUAACAUGCAUAUCCAGAACGGUGGACAAUUCAGUUCUAAGUGAUCAAAUGUUAAAAAAUGAAACAGACAUUGAUGUAGUGAAUGAUUCUGAUAAACAUCGAAACACACCAGUUUAUUCUAGUUCACCAAUUUCAAAUGUAACAAAGCCAUACAAUGAUAAUCGAAUUCUUCCACAAGAGUCUGAUGAAAUGAAGAAUGCUGUAAUUCAAAACAAUGAAGUAAUAUCAUAUUGGUCUUCAAAUGAUGAUAAUCAAAUGACUGGUUUAAGCAAUGAAUCAACGGAAAUAAAUGAUCUAGCUAACAUCAACGAUACAGUGAAGCGUGGUGAUGAUUUGGAAGUAAAGCUGAAAUCAGACGAAACAGUCAGUCACCCAAACAAAUCAGAUAACUUAUCACUAAAUAUUACGUUACAUUCAAAUAAUUCAACACUAAUGAGAGAUUCAAAUACAGUUAAUGGUCAAAGUGACAGACAUUCCGUUAGUGAUAUCUUGAAGGGUUCUUAUUGUGAUGAUCAGCAAAUGUCUAUACGUUUUGCACGACCAAAUACAAGACUAUUGAGGGAAAUUAAUAAAAGUUGCUCUACUAAUACUUGUAGUAAUCCAUUUAGUCCCAAAAUAACUUCAUUUUCUGUUGAGACAUGUCCUGCAUUAAAAUCUGAACAGGAUGAAGAAACAAAUAAAACUAGCAAACGAAUUUGGAUGGAUAAUCCAGCUAGUACAAGUUUUGAGUCAGCUAAAUCAAUGGUUACACGUAGAACAAAUCGAGAUCAGAAUCAUAGUUUCAAUAUGAACUCAAAAGUUCGAACUGAUCAAUGCUCAAAAUCCACUGAAACCAUGAAAAAUAACAAUGAUAAAGUAGAAAAUUAUACUAAAAAAAUAAGUCAAAAUAUAUCAUCAAAAGGCAAGUGGAUUAGUCCUCAUAUGGAUUUUGAUCGACAUGAUGAGUUCACUAACGAUUAUGAAAGUCUUGAUAAAUUUGCAUCAACUAACAAGAAAUCACGUAAAGCAAACCGGAAGAUUGUAAAAAGUCAUCGAAAUAAAUGUACACUGAUUAACAACUUAGAAUUAAACAGUGAAAUUAAUAAAUCUCCCGCAAACUGUCCAGAAAGUCAUCCUGAAAGUCUUACUGACAAACAAUUUAAUAUAUGUUUACAACCCAAGUGUAAUUCCAAACUAGAUAGUGAUGCUACAUCACGUUCUGCAUCUACACGAGAAAUAUCCACUACAAGAAUCCCGACAACAAUAUCAUUAAAAUCUGGUUUCUUUGAAAAACAUCAAACAAUUCCUUCCUAUAAGGAAACUCAACUAGAUUGCACUGAUCAGAAUAUCUUCCAUACUUCCGAUCAUCAACAAUCUAAUCAUAGACCAGAUAUUGGGAGUCUUUCCAUAUCCACCACAUUGAUUGAUUGUGAAACUUUAUAUGACCGAAAUGCUGAGAAUUGUUCAACUACUGAACAUUCAUCAGUUACAUCAGUAGAAUAUACAAAGCGAAAGACUGAUGCUCCAGUCAGAUUGGAAUCAACACACACAGAUAAUGAUGAUUCAUGUUUAUUCGGGAAUAAAUUUGAUACCGAAGCAACUGAGCAAUCUAAACUCUCGUUAACUGAUCUAUCAUAUCAAAUGAAGUACUUAAAUAAUUCUUCCACUGAUAUUCAACAAGAGAUCCAAAAGAGUGAAUCAUCAGUAAACAAUCUGAAUACUAACAAUCAAUACAAUGAAAAUGAUAUAUUUAAGAAAAAUUUUAUCAAUCAAUCAGAAUAUGUUUAUCAUACAGGGAAUGAUAAGAACAUGGAUAAAAGUAAUUAUGAUCAACAUUUAAUGUAUCAUCAGUAUCAUGAUAAACAUAGUCCUCAACAUAAUUUUUCAGAGCAUACAAAACACCAACAAGCAUAUAAAUCAGAAAAUAUUCAUGUUUUACGCAAAUCUCUCAUGAUAAAUCAACAUGAAAACUUAGGUAAAAUACCAACUUACUCUAAAAGAAGUAACAACAGUAUUCAUGAUCGAGUAAACUCACUACCUAAUAUAUUCAAUUGUGAAAGAUUAACAAAUGACUCAUUUAUCACUAAUGAAAACUGUUUAAAGUGUAAGAGAGAGCAAGUAAUGUCAAAAAAUAUGACUCGUGAAGCUGACUUACAUAGAAGAGAAGUUAUUACUAGAAAAAAUCAAUCACAGAGAAGACAAUGUCGAUCACUACCAUACCUAUUAUUCUUACCACCUCUUAUAUUUCUUUUCUUAUUGUCAUUAUUAUGUAUAUUUAUUCUACCCGACUGUCCUUUAUUCCAACUUUGGUUCAGAUGUAAUGAAAAACAUCCUAAUGGUGAGUGGAUUUACAGUCCGUUUGUAUUAUUCAAUGUACGCGAUCCACCAAUUUAA